AUGAAUCGCAACUGUGAUUGGUUGAGUCGGAAGGACACGAAAGCCGUUAAGAAGCUGCAUUAUCGCGCUGAAAUAUCAACGGUUCUCCGCAGUAGCACAAAGCGUAUUGCAGCAAUGGCUCCUCAACAGACCUUCUUGACGCUGAACACCGGCUACAAAAUGCCUCAACUUGGUUUUGGCACGUUUUCAACAACUCCAUAUGCAGUGGAAAAACCGGUACUUUGGGCGAUUGAGGCAGGCUAUCGGCAUAUUGACUGUGCUCAUAUAUACAGAAAUGAGGACGAUAUCGGAAGGUCCGUGAGGAAGAAGAUUGAGGAUGGAACUGUGACACGCGAGGAUAUGUUCAUCACAUCAAAGUUAUGGUGCGAUAAGCAUCGUCGUAAUGAUGUUCGUCCAGCGUGUGAGGAAAGCUUGCGCAAACUGGGACUUGCGUACCUAGAUCUUUAUCUCAUUCACUACCCAGUGGCAUUUAAGGUUGCUUUCACUUUAGCCAUUUUUCGAAUACAUAUAAAAGAAGGUCAGAAAUUUUCUGCAACCAACUCAGAUGUGUUUGAAUUUGAGGACGUCCCAUUUGAAGAAACGUGGCAGGCUCAACUUGAUCGAAUUUUGGCCAUCUGCAAAAUACCUCCGGCCGUAAACCAAAUUGAGACGUCCGUGAAUUGGCUAUAUCAGAAGCAUAUCGACUAUGCCCACUCAAAAGGCAUUCAUAUUAUAGCCUACGGUCCUUUGGGUUCUCCGGAAAUAAUGAAGUAA